AUGGAAACAGGGCUGGUGGAGGUGAGGGACGCGGAGAGCAUGGUGCUCAGGCUCUCGCUCCUGCCCUCCAAGAAGGACGAGGGCAACCUGCCGAUCGCCAUGGCCGUCUCCAACGAUAGCGGGCACCCCGUGCUGUACAUCACGAGGGGAGGGAACGCGUUGGAGAAGGUGACGCUCUUCAAUCAGAAGAACGAGAAGCCGCUGAGAAUGGAGGGAAAGUGGAAGCCGAUCUCUGCUAUCCAAGUCAGCCAUGCUCGCAAGUCCCUGGUGGCCAUAGGGCUGCAGGACGGAGAGGUUCGGAUCUUGGACGCGUAUACCCUGGUGCAAGGCCAGACCCUUGGCGCAAGCAGCGCCGAUGGCGGCAAGCAUGCGGCGGUGACGCCGUUGCGAUCUGCCGUCUGCGGGAUCUCGUUCUGCGAGACGAACGAGAGCGUCAUGGUCGUCUUCCAUCAGCAAGGCGCCAUCGCCGUGUGGAACCUCAAGGACGAGAUCGUCGAGUGCGUGAGAGUGCUGGAGGAAACGAUAGCUCACGGCACUUGGCAUCCUUGGCUGCCCCACCUGUACACCUUGUCCUCUAGAUGCUCAAUUCGCUGCUGGAGCAUCGUUACAGGGAGGAAGGGAGGCGUCUCCGUCGAGGAGGAGCCGCGACUUGCCUGCUCCCGACGACUGGAGUUCUCCUCCUCCUCCUCUGAGAGCAGCAGCGUGCUCGGAUGCUCCAAGGGACCUGCCCACCUGUGCUUCCAUCGCCGUUUCAACCUCUUCUGCAUCGUCUCAUCCCAGCCUCCUCCUCCUCUCAUCUCAGACUCCCAGGCUGUCCUGCCCGUCCUCCAACUCGUCGACCUCCUCAACCCGUCUUGCCUCCUACCGAUCGGCUGCUCCUUUGGUGCAGGCUCUGACUCCGAGCUGAAGAGGACCGAGGGGAGAGGAGCAAUGGAUGAGCCCGGGCAUGCGGUCCGAGAGGACGUCGUCUACCUCCGAGGCUCGUCUGUCUGCGUCUUCCGGCCCCAAUACAAGAAGCCGGUCAGCGUUGGUACCAUCCCAUGUGAAGACAACCAGGGGCUCGGUUGCCAUCCAGUCAGCCUGAGCUACAGCAGCACGUUGCGGAUGGGGCUGCUGCUGCAGGCGAACUCAAGAGGGGGGAGGAACUUCAGCCUCCUGUCUCUCUCCUCCCCUACCCCCUCUUCGUCCUCCCCUGGCGUCAAGAGGCAAGGGGAAGACGGUAGCCACCUGCAGCUGCUGAUCUCGGACGCGAUGCCUGCCAGAGACGCGGUCUUCGUCGGGAGGAAGUUCCUUGCUCUGCUCAGCUCCGCUGGAGAUUCCAUCCAGCUCCAUUUGCUCAACCCGCGCAGCGCGGCCAACACCGAGGAAGGCAGAGGUUCCUUCUCUAGCGCCUGUGCUCGCCUGCAGAGCUCCGAGUUUCUCCUCUGCGAAGCUGCCGUUCCUCACGGGCUGACGCUCGAUCGUCUCUACGGGCGGAUGCAACAGGGCGGAGAGGAGCUAGACGACGUCUCCUCCUCCGCCUCCUCCUCCUCGCCCUCACCCUCGACGAUCGAGCUGCUGGGGCUGGACAGGACUCGAGGUCUCCUCCUCUACUUCAAGGCGGAUGUAGACGGGAAGGAGAUCAGAGUGCGCGAGGAGAGGGAGGAACACAAGCUGAGUCAAGGGGAGCAAGUGAUGCAAGUGAACUGGAGGCCGAGGGCGGAGGAGGCGGAGGAGGCGAAAGAUGCGUCACUUGCCGUCUUGACCUCUCGCAGACUGAUGAUCCUCGACGACGAGGGCAGGAAGCACGUGGAAGUUCCGUUGCCCAACUUGCUCUCGAGCAUUUGGAUAGGCGAGACCCUCUGCGUCUCCUGCAUGAGUCAGGUCUUCGCCGUCUCCCUCGACGGCUUCUGCUCGCGUGUCGCCACCCUCGAGUGCUACGGUGCCGUCUUGUGCUCUUGCAGCAUGAGCUCCAUCGCGUUCCUCUCCCACGACAAGGGGUCGUCCCUCCUCUACACCCGCCGAGUCAACCUGCUCCUUCCGCUCCUCCGCAGCGCUCUCUUCAAGGAUGACGUCAGCAGGGCUCUAGAGCUGGUGAGCUCCUGCGAUGGUGACAUGCUGACGCCCGAGGUUGUCCAGCUGCUCUCCUCCUCCCCCUGCAAGGACUUGGCCAUCGCCGUGAAGGAGCUCUUCCUCAGCUGGCUCCCUUGGCACGACCAGCUCUCCCUCGCCUUCGCCGUCCGUGACUUCGACCUCUGCCUCGCUCUUCUCGACGCUGCCGCUACCAACCAUCCUCCCCUCCUGCAAGAGCUCGGCUCAGUCUAUGCCAUGCUCGCCGACAUCGCUCUCCUCAGCCGCUGCUCCCUCACAGCUGCCAACGCCCUCCUGCGAGCUGGCGCGUGUGGAGUGACUGCGUGCUUGUGGAGGCUGCUGGAGCAGCUGAGGGAGGAAGACGACGUGAAGGGGAUGCGACACCUCAAGCGUUUCGCGGAGCUGACAGGAGACAAGUACCUCGCGCUUGAGUGCUCGCUGCUGCUGGGAGAGGUCUCGGGGCUGGACGACCUGCGGGGCUUCUCCCUCCGGCUCAGCCUCGCGCCCACAUGGGACAAGAAGUUCAGGAGAGCUCCAAUGCCUUCGGCGUUCUUCUCCAUCGUGAACCCCUCGCAGGAGGAGGAGGAGGAUGGGCAAGGGGAGACGAGGAGGUUCACCUUCUCCCUGCAGAACUCGGGGGAGGGAUGGCUGCAGGAGAUCAGAAGCUCGGCGUCGACGCUGAUCCAGCAGCUGAAGGAGGGGAGGGAGGGGACGGCGAAGUCUCCCUCCUCCUUGUCCAGCUGGUUCUCUCAUCGCCUCUCGGAGGACUGGAGCGCUGGGGAGGACAAGUCCAACAGGCCCCCAGCAGCCCCGACAGUACCGCAGCGGUCGCCUGCCUCCUCCGACUUCUCCCCAUCUCGCGCCCCCAGCGAGUCGGCAAGGACUGAGCCUGACGUGGACGAGUUCGGGUUCUCGAUCCGGCCGGACGAACGAGCUCCGGACUCGAACCCCUUCGGGUCGGCCGAAUUGUUCGGGGAGGAAGAGGAGGACGCCGGGCAGAAGCCCCAGCUGCUGGUGAGGAUCCGGUCAGCUGAGGAGUCGAAGGUGGCGGACGCAGACGAGCUGCUGCAUGCCGUCAAGUCGAUGUCGCUGUCGGCGGAGGGGAACGAGACGAACAUGGCCGUGCGAAACAUGCUCGACAUCGGGCUCGGGGCUGGAGCUUCGCUGUUCAGCGAGAAAUCGAGGAGAAGGGCUGGCUCGCGCACUGCUGACUCGAAGCAUGCAUCCACUAAGAAUACGCCGAUAGUUUCGCCGAUGGUCUCUAUCGUGGAGCACGAGGACAUGCCGCACUUCCCCCCUGCCGAACCCUCGAGCGACUCCUUCUCGAACAUGAUCUUCGACUUCGAUCCCUUCGCGGCCGAGAGCUCGAGCGGAGGAUUCAGAAACGAGUUUGACAAUCACUUCGGCUUUGGUGAUCCCUUCAGUGCCUUUGUUGGUGACGGAAAGCUCGCGGAGGAACAAGAAGGAGAAUCAUCCAGCGACUUCAUGCCCUUCCAGCAGGACGCGAGCGCCCAGGAGGGCAGCGGGGACAUGGAGUCUGGGCAGGGUUCAGAGAGCAGCGAGAGGUCGAUGCAGUCGGACAAGGGGAAGGGGAGGACGAGCUUCGGGUCUGUCGAGGACUGGGUGGUGCAGAACCGGGGAGGCAAGUGGCAAGGAGGGAAGGAGGAGCAGAAGCAAGAGGAGGCCGCGCAUGUCGGCAUCGAGGAUGGGAAGGAACAGGGAAUGGAGGACGAGGAGGUUGGAGGUGUUGCUGUGCAUGCAAGUUUGGAGGGCAGUGAGAUACAAUUGCCGGCUCCUCCUCUCGCUGGACAGAGCGCAGGAGGAGAUGGAGGAGGAGGAGAUGGAGGAGGAGGAGAUGGUGACUUCAAAGACCCGUCGAACACACAGGAGCAGCAAAGUGAACCGGGCGGUUGGGUCUCCUUCGGGGACUCGGGCAUGGGAUUCUCUGACGACGAUUUCUCGUGA